UCUUCCUUGUUCUUCAUCUCUCUCUCUCUCACACUGCUGCUGAGUGAGGUGAGCCCCCUGCAACCAGAAAAAAAGGUCAACAGUCCAAAACACCAUGGAAUGCGUCAUCUACAAAACCCUAAACGCCCCCAUUGAAGCCAGGGUCAAGGACCUCCUCUCUCGUAUGACUCUCCUCGAAAAGAUCGGCCAAAUGACCCAGAUCGAGCGCAGCGUCGCCACUCCUUCCGUCAUUAAGGACCGCUUUAUAGGGAGUGUGCUGAGUGGGGGUGGGAGUAAGCCAUUUGAGAAUGCAAAAUCAGCAGAUUGGGCAGACAUGAUUGAUGGCUUACAGAAGGGGGCGCUCGAGACUCGUCUCGGAAUCCCCAUUAUUUACGGAACCGAUGCUGUUCAUGGUAACAACAAUGUCUAUGGCACCACCAUUUUUCCUCAUAACAUUGGCCUUGGUGCCACUAGAGAUGCUGAUUUGGCUAGGAGGAUUGGGGAGGUAACAGCUCUUGAAGUUAGGGCAAGCGGCGCUCAGUAUGCAUUUGCUCCAUGUGUUGCUGUUAGCAGAGACCCCAGAUGGGGAAGAUGCUACGAAAGUUAUGGUGAAGACACUGAAAUUGUCAGAAAGAUGACCUCUAUCGUCACAGGCUUGCAAGGGCAGCCUCCGGAAGGGCAUCUCAAAGGCUACCCAUUUGUGGCAGGAAGAAACAACGUUCUUGCAUCUGCCAAGCAUUUUGUUGGAGAUGGAGGAACCGAGAACGGUACAAACGAAGGGAAUACGAUAACAUCCUAUGAUGAUUUGGAGAGAAUCCACCUAGCACCAUAUCUUGAUUGUAUUUCUCAGGGAGUUUGCACUGUAAUGGCAUCAUACUCUAGUUGGAACGGAAAGAAAUUGCACACCGACCAUUUUCUUCUUACCGAACUUCUGAAAAAGAAGCUGGGAUUCAUGGGAUUUGUGAUUUCAGACUGGGAAGCUCUGGACCGGCUUUAUUCCCCUCAUGGUUCAAAUUACCGUGAAAGUAUUCUGUCCACCGUAAAUGCUGGAAUUGAUAUGGUAAUGGUUCCUUUUAGAUAUGAAUUGUUCUUGGAAGAAUUUCUCUCUCUUGCUGAGUCAGGGGAGAUAUCAAUGGCUCGGAUCGAUGAUGCUGUAGAGAGGAUCCUGAGAGUCAAAUUCGUUUCUGGAGUUUUCGAGCAUCCCAUGGCUGAUAGAUCUUUACUAGAUUUGGUUGGUUGUAAGGCACACAGAGAAUUGGCACGUGAAGCUGUUCGCAAGUCUUUGGUGUUGUUAAAGAAUGGAAAGGAUCCUAAGAAACCUUUGCUCCCUCUAAACAAGAAAGCGAAACGAAUUCUUGUGGCAGGAACGCAUGCUGAUAAUCUUGGAUAUCAAUGUGGUGGCUGGACAAUUUCUUGGGAAGGAACAUCUGGCAAAAUAACUGAAGGUACAACUAUGUUGGAAGCAAUAAAAGAAAUGGUAGACCACAAUACAGAAGUGGUAUACGAACAAAACCCUUCUCCGGAAACAUUUUCCGGUGAAGAAUUCUCAUUUGCUAUCGUAGCUGUGGGUGAGGGUCCUUACGUUGAAUCCGGCGGUGAUGAUCCGGAAUUAAAAAUUCCUUUCAACGGCGCUGAGCUGGCAAGUUUAGUUGCUGACAAAGUUCCGACUUUGGUGAUUCUAAUUACUGGAAGGCCCUUGGUUGUAGAGCCGUCGCUUUUGGAGAAAAUAGAAGCUCUGGUUGUUGCUUGGUUGCCUGGAUCGGAAGGAAGGGGAAUCACAGAUGUUAUCUUUGGCGAUUAUCCAUUUCAAGGAAAACUUCCCAUGACUUGGUUCAGAAGCGUCGACCAGCUUCCGGUACAUUCCGGAGAAAAUUCAUUGGACCCUUUAUUCCCGUUUGGCUUUGGAUUGACAUGUUAAAAGCCAGGGAGUAAUACAAAACUAAUUGAGUUCAAAUUUUACAGUGACGAAAAAAAUAAAUCUCGCCGACCUAUAUAACAGCUGGUGUUUUUCUUUCCCCACCCGAAAUUUCUUGUUAUUGAUUCUGGAAUUGCGUUCGUAAUUUCUUAUUGAUACAAAAAAGAUUGAUUAUGAUUGUGUUGUGAGCAUUGUUCAAAUUUUGAAUCUAAAGGUGAAGAAGCAUGAUCUAUCCUAUCUUAUCUUUCAAAUCA